AUGCAGGACACCAGCCGCCCGGCGCUUAUCGAUAUAGUAGACACUGCGGCGGCGCCUCUUCAGAACUAUAGCAUGGCGCCCACAAUAUCUCACGACAUCAAAAAUCAUGAACGAGAUUUGGCUAUACGUCGCGAGAACACUAUCUAUCUCGCGGCUUGGAUGGCUGUGGAUUCUGAUAAGAACUUAUUAUUUUCUGCAAUUUCGAUUAUUUCAAAUUUGAGGGCAGACUACGAGACCUCGGGGCUGAGGCCAGGAAAAGUGUUGAAUCCAAAAAGAGCCCCAAGAAGCACGAAAUUCUUAUUGAGCCAUCGGCUGAAAUUGCUUCAUGAUAUACAUACGAAGCCCUUUGGGAACCAUGAGAGCAUUCUAAAGCUAUUCGCAGGUUGUAACUCUUUGCCAGCCACGCCUAAAAACCCGGAAGGCUUACAAGUCGACAUUUCUUUGGAAAGGGACCGCAUAAUCGAGUCGUGUUUGGGAAAGCGCAAGAUGACCGAAGAUAGCCAAGUCCGUAGACAACUCCCGGUUCCCGGUGUUCUUUCCAGAUUUGUUAGAGAUGUCUUCAUCACCGGAGCUGUCACUAGUUUGUGCAAACUUCGAGUGAAGUCAGAUCAUGUCCAACUUGGAACUAUUGCAGCAUUCACCGCGGCAUUUGCUUUUGGCUUAGGUGUUUUGACCAAUGCUAAGAGGGCUGUGAUAUUGGCGGGCAAGGUAGCGUAUACUGCAGUUCUUGUUGUCGUGCCUAGAAAUCUGAGCCCAAUAUGGUUAUCGAAGUUUGUCCAGUUGUUCCUAAGACCGUCGGGGACACAUCAAUCAGACAUACAGCCCUUGAAAGGGAUGGAAUUGACAAGGACGGGGACACCAGGACACACCCCGCCUCCACCUUGA